GGCCUGGCAGUGAACAUAAAGCGCUGAAGUUGUCCCAGGGGUAUUAUACCUUCGUGUUGCCAAAAAAUCCCCGACCAAUCCUCAGAUCUUCACCAAAAUGGAGCGUUCAACUCAGGAGCUGUUCCUCAACUUCAUGAUUGUCCUGAUCACUGUGCUGCUCAUGUGGGUUCUUGUGAAAUCUUAUCAAAGCUAAGAGACUACUAUGGAGUAAAACAACAGUCAUUGUUUGUACUUAACUAUGGGAAAUUCCACAGGGACUUACUGAACACCCCCACAUCAAUAAUGUUGUCUGCUCUCUGCCACCAAGAUCCUAGUUUCCACCACCCAGUUAGGCCAUUACCACUAGUACAUAUCUACCUGACCCUGAACCUGGAAGCCAUAUUGUGCUGCCAACCUUCCCAGUCCCAGAGCGAGAACACGCUACACUAUGAUUGAUUAGCUGACCGUGAUAAGACAUGAGCGAGUGAGAUUUAAACACAGAAGAUAUGUUUACUCUGGCGGAGGAAGCCGAGGGAAAAAUGUCAAACGCAUGUCUCUAGAAAUAAGAACUGGGAAUGUUUUGAUUAUAAGUUCAACGGAAUAUUUCAGCUCCAUCUUUUCCAUCACAAUAAAAGUC